UCUGUCUGUUUUCGGUAGCUGGUAGAGAAGAUAAUUUUGAAUUUCUGACUGGUAAUGAAAUAAGAUGCUUUAGGCAUCAUUACCAUCGCCUCGUAGUUAAAUAAGAUGCUUUAGGCCAUCAUUACCAUUGCCUCCAAGGUUGAGCUUGAGUUUCUAUAAAUUUAGACCUUAACUUCUCCACUCUCAAAGAAAUAUAGAGAGAGAUGGGAAACAACAAUGGCUAUCUUCCUCUCUUCGAAACAAAGUCAUCAAGAAGACCUUUUCUGAUCAAACUAUAUGUGCUUACAAUAUCAGUGGCUAUUUGCAUGACAUGGGUGUACAGAGUGAGGUACUUGCCAGUUGAAGGAGUCUUGGAGAGGUGGGCUUGGAUUGGAAUGUUCUUUGCAGAGCUAUGGUUCAGUUUUUACUGGUUUAUUACUCAUCUUGUUAGAUGGAACCCCAUUUUUCGUUACACUUUCAAAGACAGGCUCUCUCAAAGGUAUGAGAAGGAUUUGCCAAGGGUAGACGUAUUUGUGUGUACUGCAGACCCAGAAAUGGAGCCACCAAUCAUGGUGAUCAACACGGUCUUAUCGAUGAUGGCCUAUGAUUAUCCACCAGAGAAGCUGAGUGUUUAUCUGUCGGAUGAUGGUGUCUCAGAAUUGACCUUUUAUGCAAUGCUAGAGGCAUCAAGGUUCUCAAAGUAUUGGCUACCGUUUUGCAAGAAGUUCAACGUAGAACCAAGAUCACCCGAGGCCUAUUUUCAGAUUGAACCACUGGAUGGCCCUGUCAAGACCAAAGAGUGGUUGUUCAUCAAGAAAUUAUAUGGAGACAUGAAGAACCGGAUUGACGUUACACCAAAGCAAGGCCAAGUUCCGGAGAAAAUUCGUAAAGAACACAAGGGAUUUUCUGAGUGGGAUUUUGUUUCAAGCCGGCAUGAUCAUCAAACCAUUUGUCAAAUACUAAUUGAUGGGAGAGAUCCUCUGGCCAUGGAUAAUGAAGGACAACGUUUGCCAACUUUGGUAUACUUAUCACGAGAAAAGAGGCCUCAAUAUCCUCACAACUUCAAAGCCGGAGCCAUGAAUGCACUGAUAAGGGUGUCGUCAAGGAUAAGCAAUGGUCCUAUUAUCAUGAAUGUCGACUGCGACAUGUACUCCAACAAUUCAAGUUCUUUAAGAGAUGCCCUGUGCUUUUUCAUGGACGAGGAGAAGGGGCAUGAGAUUGGAUAUGUUCAAUAUCCACAGUUAAUGAUGAAUGUUACGAAGAAUGACCUUUAUGGCAAUUCCUUGAAUGUGAUAUUCAAGAUGGAGUUUCCAGGCAUAGACGCAAAUGGAGGGCCUAUGUAUAUAGGUACUGGGUGUUUCCACAGGCGAGUGAAUCUUUGCGAGAGGAAGCAUUGCAAUGAACACAAGGUAGACUGGAAGAGAGUGGCUGACAUAAAGAUUGAAGGAAAUGCUAGAGAUCUAGAAGAAGAAUGCAAAGUCCUUGCAAGUUGUGCAUAUGAAGAGAACACCCAAUGGGGAAUUGAGGUGGGUUUGAAGUAUGGCUAUCUACUGGAAGAUGUAAUGACAGGAUUCUCUAUAAGAUGUAGAGGUUGGAGAUCAGUGUACUUCAAUCCUGAAAGGAAAGGCUUCCUAGGACUUGCCCCUACAACACUACUGCAAACAUUGGUCCAGCAGGAGAGAUGGUCUGAAGGUGAAUUACAAAUUCUCCUAUCAAGGCAUGGUCCCUUCUUCGACGGAUAUAAGAACAUACCCCUAAAACUUCUACUUUCAUACUGUAUCUACUUUCUAUGGGCAGCCAACAGCUUCCCUACACUGUACUAUGUUGUUGUACCUUCACUUUGCCUGCUCAGAGGAAUCUCCUUAUUUCCAAAGGCAUCUAGCCCAUGGAUUCAGGCAUUUGCAUAUGCCUUCUUUGCCGACCGAGCAUAUGGUCUCGUAGAAUUUCUAUGGUGUGAUGGUACGUUUCAAGGCUGGUGGAAUGAUCAAAGGAUUUGGAUAUUCAAAAGAACAACAUCCUAUUUAGCUGGCUUCUGUAACACUAUUCUAAAGAUGUUAGGAUUCACAAAUCAUGCCUUUGUAGUCACUGCCAAGGUUGCGAGUGAGGAUGCUUCUAAGAGAUACGAGCAAGAUAUUAUGGAGUUUGGUGUCCCUUCACCAAUGUUCAACAUCUUAGCAACACUUGCCCUGCUGAACAUUUUCAGUUUUAUUGGUGGAAUAAAGAUGGUGAUUUCGAAUGCCGAAAACAAGGUUUUAGACCUAUUCACACCGCAGAUAGUUCUAUCUGGGCUCAUAGUUUUGAUCAACCUACCGGUAUACCAAGGGCUCUUCUUUCGAAAGGACAGUGGCAGGAUUCCCAGUUCAGUGACAUACAAAUCACUUAUUGUUUCACUGUUGGCUUGUUCAAUUGCCCUGCAGUAAAAUGACCAUAUCCCUCUUCAAACCUACUAGGAAUGCUGCCUAUUUUCUACUUUCUAAUAAAUUAAUGUAAGAUCAUGUGGCUGAUGACAUGUUUGUUAGUUUUGGUGCUUUCCGACGUGUAUCAAACUUGGCCAUGAUUGGGCAGUUUUAUGUUUCAAAAUGUUUGCAUAAACACGGAGGAACAU